CGGGCCCGGCGCACAAAGCCCGAGGGGCGGCGGGGCCGGGGCCGCUCGGGCCGUGCUGUGUCGCGGCUGUCGCGAUGGGGCUGUCGGCGGCGCGGGGCUGGGCGCUGUCCCCGGGCCCGGCGGAGCGCAGCCGGCCCUACGCGGUGCUGCAGCACCAGAACCUGGUGCUGCUCGGCAGCAUCCUCAGCGCCCUCCUGCUCACCAUCGUCCUCAUGGCCAUCUGCGUGUACCGGCCCGUGCGGCGGCGGUAGCGGAGCGGGACCUGCCGGGGCAUCGAGGGAAUGCUGCAUCCCACCUGUUCUCCCGUCUGGUACCCACCGUCCCACCCCCGCUCUGGUUCCCCCCUGUGGUAGCCGCUGUCCCACCGCCGCCGGCGAUGCCCUGACCACGCGGGGGUGGCUUUUCGCCCGUCUUGUCCCGCGCUGCAUCGUGCGGCUCCAUCGUGACGUUGCUUUCAGCGAGGGCCUGUCCAGGGGCUGGAAAUCACACCCCAGCCCUCAGCGAAGGGACUCCCGGAGCUCCCGGCAGCGUGUUCGCAGCAAACCCCGCUGGCUGCGAGGAGUGUCUGGAGCAACGCCCCUUGUUCCCAAAUUGCAGCGUUUCGGCGAGGAUGGCCCUGCAGGAUGCGCUCGGGAGCAUCCCCGGGGCGUGUGGGCGCCCGGGGCCUGGGUCAGCACAAGAACAUCAUCCGAGGAGCAGCUCCACGCUCUCGGUCACGCCACGGCCACGUUUGUUUUCCCAUUAUUUCAGUUCCUGGUUUGAACGCUGAGUCUCGGGGGUUGGACAGGGCUUGGAGCAACCUGGUCUAGUGGGAGGGGUCCCUGUCCCUGGCAGGGGGUUGGAACAGGAUGAGCUUUCUGGUCCCUUCCAACCCAAAGCAAUCAAAAAUGGUCCAAAGGCAAAGGCUCAGUGACCCACCACAGCAGUGGGCGGGGUGGAGGGGGUCUGGCACGUUCUCCCCUCUGAGCAGAAACACCCUGUCCUGGUGUAGCUGUUCAGGGCUAGGCUUGUCAUUCCCAACACUAUUUGCUUUAACUCUUGGCUAGAUAGCCCCAAACAGCCUCACACCAAACCAGCCCUGCUGAACCUGUUUGGAACUGGGGUGCCGGUGAGGGUUUCCAGCACGUGCUGGUCACUGUCCUCCUGGGAACAGGAGCCUCCAAAGGUCUGCAAGCCAGGCAGAUGCUGGGACCUGCCAGGCUCAGGCUCUCUGGAAUUGUUUGAGCUCCAGCCAGACCCAUUUAUGCAUUUUCAGUAACAAAUCCAAGUGUUUACACUGAAUCCCACUCAUACAAAUGCUGCUAUUUUGUUUUGCACUGCUACGAGUAGUAACUGGAUUUUACUAAUUAUUACUUUGGUAUUUAACAUAGGGGUGUUUUUGUUAGUAAUUUAUUUAGUGUUUUAAAAUGUAACUUCCAGAACAAUUGUGUUGAGCUUUUCUCUAACCCCUUGUGCUGCAUCUGAGGUGUUUUCCCUUCCAGUUGAAGGACCACUGGCAUUGAAUGGGGGAAUUUCUUUGCUGCUGGUUGGUGAAAUGACAGUUGGAAGCUUCCCUAGAACAGAUUGAUUUCUUAAUCCAAGUGAAACGACAGUAGGGAAGCAAGGCAGCAUUGUUCUAUUGCUUUCUGCUCCUUUUUUUUGCUCACUGAUUCCUGUAUCCUUGAUUUUUCUCAGUCCUUCAUCUGCUGUAAAGCCUGGCCUGCUGUCUGUGCUGCUCACAGGGGUGGAUGGUGAAGCUCCCAGCCACACUCCUUGUUCCCUGGAGCAGCAUUCCUGUUUGCUUUCAUUCUCCACUCCCUGCCAUGCCUCUUUGUACAAAUAAAGAGCUCAGUAAACAA